GGGUCGUUAUUUGCAUUUUUUUGAUCUCUGCUGCUUCUGCUCUUUCUCUUUCUCUAUCUCUCUCUCUUCUGGGUCUCUGUGGAGCCGAAGCGCAGUGGUCUAUCUCACACACACUCUCUCUCUGUCUGUCUUUCUUUCUUUCUAUGAAUACUUUUUAGCAGAAUCGUCAGUGACAGUAGUAGCAGCAGCGGCAGAAGCUGUUGUAGUAAGAGAAGGAAAACCAAAAAGAAAAAUCACAAGAUCUCACUUACUCUCUCUCUUCUCUCACUCUAUCUCAGAAGAAUUUCAGAGUCCCCACUAAACGCAGUAGGAUAGAUUGAUAGAUUUUUAAGAUUGGACUUUCUUUUACUUUUUUUUUUUUUAAUUUUUGAAUUUUGAUUUUUUUUUCGGUUUUAGAUAAAUAGGAACAUUGGAUUUAUUAGCAGAAGCAGCAGUUGUGGCUACUACAAGGAGGUUACCUUCCGAUUCUGGAGCUUUUGCAGACUGGGUGGCUUCGUCCUCUACCACCGGUCGCGCCGACGACCUUUCCCUUGGUUUCAAUGCCGGGGCGGCCGGAGGAGGACACGGAAGCGCCACUGCAACUGGUGGUGGUGGUGGUGGACCUGGUGCCGGGUGGUCGUCUUCGACUCGGCAGAUUAGUUAUGGGCUCCCGCCGGAGAUGGGUAUGGUGGGUCUGCGUGACGUUCUUGUUGUUGCUCCGGCUUCGUCUUUCCAUCACAACCAACAACACGAGCCUAUCCUCUCCGACCACCACCACCAAAUUAACAAUUCGAAUGCCGCUACGGCUCUUGGAGUGGGCGUCGGUGUCGGCGUUAUUCCUCUCCUUACUGCAGCUCCUUGUCUCGCCCCAGCUAAUGUUGGAAUCGACGAUGGAGAUAAUAUGAACAAUCGUAAUAGAGGUUGUGGAAUUAACUUGUGGCAGAACCAGCAACCUCACCACGGGAAUUAUCUCAAGAAACCCAUGCUGAUUGAUCACAACAAUUCUGAGAAUUUGCUUAACAGUAGCAACAGCGGUGGUUGUGGCGCCGCUGGCAGCGGUGGGCUUGGUGGGACUACAACGACUUCCACGGCGACGACGUGCCAAGACUGUGGAAACCAGGCCAAGAAAGAUUGCAGCCAUCGCCGGUGCAGGACUUGUUGCAAAAGUCGUGGCUUUGAUUGCUCUACUCAUGUUAAGAGCACAUGGGUCCCCGCCGCUCGACGACGUGAACGUCAGCUCUCGGCCACUGCGGCUGCCGCUGCAGCUGGAUCUUCUGUCUCUACUUCUGCUGUUAAGAAGCCUAGGCUCAUCUCUUCGCAAACUACGACGGCUUCUCAUACUUCAACAUCAAAUACAACUCCUCCCAGAAGCUUUGAUACCAGCUCUAGUCAUCAAGAUGCAAGCUUUCGGGAAACAUUGCCAGGGCAAAUCCGUGCACCGGCAGUCUUCAAGUGUGUUCGCGUGACUGCCGUCGAGGACGGAGAAGACGAGUAUGCUUACCAGGCGAUCGUAAAGAUUGGUGGGCAUGUAUUCAAGGGUUUCUUAUACGAUCAAGGUGUUGAUGGGAGAGAUGGGUUUCCGAAUAUCUCAGAAUUGCAUUUAGGGGGUGGGAGGAACGGUAAUUCGUCGUCUCCUAAUAUGCUCGACCCGUCUGAUGUCUAUGCCGCCUCCGGCGGUGGAUUGCUUGGAGGUACGGCCUAUGGUAACCCAAUAAAUUGAAUUCUCUUCCGGGAUGAUGUACCCGGUGGCAGAUUUCAGGGCUCUCGGUGGUGACCGACAAUGCCGUCGGGUUCUCUUAUUCAUCUACUGAUAAUGAAUACCAGGCUCUCAGUAGAUUGUUCUUGUAAUCUAUGUAUCCCUUCUAACUGUUAUGGUUCUAUUGUUUUCAUCUUCUCUAUUGAUUUCUUUCUCUUUCUCUUUCUCUUUCUCUUUCCUUCUCAAUUCUCAUUUUAUACCAAGAAUCCUCACUUUGCCCAACAAGGUAGAGCAGCUACUAUAUUUCAACAAUGCAAGAAAUGCCAUUCGAGUCGGGCUUGUGAAAUCUCCCAACAAAAAACUGUUGUGUGCUAUACAUUUCUACUAUAUUUUUGUUACUUCCCCUUUUUGUCA